AUGGUCGUACUGGCCACCAACAUCGCCGAGACAUCACUAACCAUCGAUAACAUAAUGUACGUGAUCGAUCCGGGCUUUGCAAAGCAAAAUAAUUUUAACUCCAGAACCGGAAUGGAGACCCUGAUGGUCGUGCCCAUUUCGAAAGCGUCUGCCAAUCAACGUGCAGGUCGAGCAGGGCGCGUUGCCCCUGGCAAGUGCUUUCGUCUGUACACAGCCUGGGCAUACAAACACGAGCUGGAAGACAACACCGUCCCGGAAAUUCAGCGCAUAAACCUGGGCAAUGCCGUGCUAAUGCUCAAAGCUCUUGGAAUCAACGAUUUGCUUCAUUUCGAUUUCCUCGAUCCUCCACCACAUGAAACGUUGGUUUUGGCAUUGGAGCAACUUUACGCCCUAGGGGCAUUGAAUCACCACGGUGAACUGACCAAACUUGGACGACGGAUGGCGGAAUUUCCGGUCGAUCCCAUGAUGGCAAAAAUGCUGCUUGCUAGUGAAAAGUACAAAUGUUCCGAGGAGGUGGUGGCCAUCGCUGCAAUGCUAUCGGUGAAUGGAGCCAUCUUCUACCGACCGAAAGAUAAAAUCAUCCACGCAGAUACGGCCCGGAAGAACUUCAACCACAUGCACGGGGACCACUUGAGUUUGCUGCAGGUCUACAACCAAUGGGCCGAAUCGGACUACAGCACUCAGUGGUGUUACGAAAAUUUCAUUCAGUUCCGUUCGAUGAAACGAGCUCGCGAUGUCCGGGAGCAGCUGGUUGGGGGUUAA